CUUACUUUCUCCACAACACUCAGCUGUACCGUGUCGCGGCACACUACGCACUGAGUUGGUACACAGACAGACCACGUGGAAUACCCCUCUCUAGCUGAAGUUGAAAACGCUGCCCGGACCCGAAGCAGACAAAUAUGCCACAGAUACGUGUCCGGACCAAUCAGAAGUGGUACGCUUGCACACACACGGCCUUGUAAGCUGCGAUCGUGAACUGUCGUAUCAAGGAAAUUCCUCCAGUCCUCCAGGGUUAACUCCGCAGUCUCUUCUCUAUCUGGUGAUGCUAUUUGACUUGAAGCUGCAGCAGAGUGAGGGACAAAGGGGGGGCAAGAAGCCCCUGGGAAACGCCAUGGCUACCGACGACAGUGAGACAGGGGCCAGAGCUGUAGUCCCUGCUCAGGGCACUUCACUCUCAUCUACUGGGACCAAACCCAACGGAGAAACUAGACAACCCAAUGACAACCAGCAAGUGUGGUCCUUGCAGCCCAAACGGCACAACAGCCCUCCCUAUGACAGUGGGAAAGGGACAUUUGUGCAUAUGGAUUCUCAAUGUUUGCAUUACAGCUCAGAGGUCUUCAGUGACAAGAAAAUUAAAGGAAUUGCCAACACUACAUUAGCUGGAAAAAACUCUCCAUGCCAGCUGGGACUGCAUGUUGAGCGCGUGAGUGCAGGUAGAAACAAAACUGGAAGCAACCGGUGCGCCUGCUCCUCGUCCAGCCUUCAGUCAAGUCCUAACUCCAACUGUUGCCACAGCCCCAGAUCCAGUCCAAGCCCCAACUCCAGCCCUGUUGUCAGCCCUCACCACAGCCCCAGCCCCUCUCGGCCCGUCCAACGCCACAUCCGCCGCAGCAGCCUGCCCGUGUCCAUGCUGGCUUUCCACAAGGCACCAGCAUGUCAACUCUCCACUCUGUGCAGUUCCUCCAGUGAACCGAACUCUCUACAGUCAUCUCCUUCCUGUUCUCCCCUUCCCACCCACCGCCAGCAUCACCAGAAAGGGCAACAGAACAGCCACCAGCACAGGCACUGCCUCAAAGACGGCUACUCCAGUUUAGAGAGGCUCAACAGAAGGCCCAGAGUAAAUAAAUGCAGUUUAGAGCAGCUUUUCCUUCGGCGGGCAUCUCUCGAAACUAUGAUGAUGACUGGACACGAUGAGGGGUCGCCUUCAGGCGUGACCAAGAGCAGCAGUGGUGACAACAGCAGUGAUGAGGGAGAUGGAGAGGGCUUCUUGCAUAACAGUGAGUUUGUGAGGAACCGUAAAGAGCGUUCCACGGUCCUGGUGAGGCGAUUUUUCAAGAAUAAUCAGAAGAUGACAAAGUCAGUGUGUACUGGGACAAGAGCCAUUGUAAAGACACUUCCCUCAGGACGGAUCUCAGAGGAGGCUUGGGAGAAGGUUGUCUGCCACAGGAGCCAGCAACCGAGCCAGGAGGAGAUUUGGCCAGAAGUAACGCGUGCUGCCGUGGGCAUGGGCGACUGCUUAAGGGUCUGCAGAGGGAUGCUGUGCUUUGUCGGUCUUAAGCUACAGCAGGUUCUCAACCAUGUGUGGGACCUCAACGAACACAACCUGAUUCAUCCCUCCAAGAAGCUACUGCUGGCUGGCUCUGGAUGCGUGUGUGUCGGGGUGGCUCGCUGGCCACUACAGACCAUCAGCGCCAGUCCAAACUCCUGCUUCAGUCCCAGUCCCAGUCUGCACGCCUGCCUGAAUCCCUCGUGCUGUCCGUCUUCUCUUCUGCCAAGGUUUUAUCGUGCUUGCGGCCAGAGGACGCUGGUGUGUUCCUUGCUGACUGGAGCCCUGCUGGAGGCCACAGCUGCUCUUGGUGCGCGCUCCACCCUUCCCUGCCCUGCACCCCAAGGGCCCAUCGGCCACAUCAUGCUGAAAGAGCGUCAGCUGGCUAGCAGCAUGACCAGCAGCAUCUCCCUUCCUCCCAACGUCAGUGGGAUCAGUAAGGAGCUGGCAGAGCUGCGCCACCUGGUUCAGUUCCCUGAGGAGAUCGCCUGUAUCCUCACUGAGCAGGAGCAGCAGCUCUACCAACGGGUGCUUCCUCUGGACUACCUCUGUUUCCUCACCCGUGACUUGGGCAGUCCCGAGUGUCAAACCAAACGCCACCCCAACCUUAAGGCCUCGCUGUCAGCGCCUGCCAUGCCUACCCAGAGUGCACAGCGAAGCAACGCUGUGGAGGACCUGGUGGCACGUUUCAACGAGGUGAGUUCAUGGGUGACGUGGCUGGUCCUGACAGCCAGUUCCAUGGAGGAGAAGAGAGAGGUUUUCUCCUACCUGGUCCACGUGGCUAAGUGCUGUUGGAACAUGGGAAAUUACAACGCUGUGAUGGAGUUUCUGGCUGGACUUAGGUCCCGUAAGGUGCUGAAGAUGUGGCAGUUUAUGGACCAGUCAGACAUUGAGACCAUGAGAGGCCUGAAGGACGCCAUGGCUCAGCACGAGUCCUCCUCAGAGUACAAGAAGGUCGUCACCAGAGCUCUCAAUAUCCCGGGAUGCAAGGUGGUGCCAUUCUGUGGGGUUUUUCUGAAGGAGCUGAGUGACGCACUGGAUGGGACGGCGAGCAUCAUCAGCCUCAGACCACCUCUAGACAAUACAGAUGACUCACUGGAGUUUGUGUCUGACUACAGUGGACAGCACAACUUCCUGUCUCGGUCUGGUCCGGACGGCCUCCACGUCCCAGAGAAGGAGGCCACCGUCAACAGCAUCCUCCAGAUUAUCAGGUCCUGCAAUCGUAGUUUGGAAGCAGAAGACCCUGAUGAGCAGGCCACCACACCCUCCAAUGCCGGCCCCCCUACAACUUGCAGGAGCAACUCCUUCAGGGAGCGCAGCCACAAUCAAUUCAUGGUGGGUGACCUGUCAGACUCAGAGGGCGACUUGUCCUCUGAUCAGGUGGUAAAGGAUGUGGAAUUUCAGGGGACGGAGGAAACCUAUCCAGCUUUCAGCCACGGCACUGAGCUCAUCCCCUGGUAUGUGUUGUCACUCCAGCCAGACGUGCAUCAGUUUCUGCUGCAGGGGGCUACAGUGAUCCACUACGACCAGGACAGCCACCUCACAGCUCGCUGCCUGCUGCGACUACAGCCUGACAACACAACACUCACCUGGGGUAAGCCUCAGAGUGGAGCGGUUUCUUCCCCUACAGAGCCUCCAGUGGGACUGGGCCAGACUGUGGUGGCUGGACUGGCUGAGGGCCUGCUGGAUCUGGGAGUGGUGAAGGCAGUGUUCCUGGGUCACCAUGGAGUGGACGUCCACGCUGUGUGUUUACAGAACAAACUGAGCCAGAUGACGGUGGAGGAGAACGGCCUCAGCCUCCUUUACGGUCUAACUACCACUGACAACAGGCUUCUGCACUUUGUGGCGCCCAAUCACACGGCACGGAUGCUGCACAAAGGCCUAUCAGAGCUGGUGAAUGCGACCAGAAAGCUGAAGAGGUUUCCUGAUCAGAGGUUGCAGUGGCUGAGGAGGCAGUAUGUCAGUCUGUAUCAGGAGGAUUGCCGGUAUGAAGGCCCUACGCUCGCUCAGGCCAUUGAGCUGUUUGGCGGGCGGCGGUGGAACAUGGGUACGAGCGGGGAGAAACCCACCACCCAGAAAAAUAGCCCCCUGGGAAUUAAUGAUAAGACUAAGAAGAAGAAGAAGGUCCUUGUCAGGGGGGACAGUGGGGAUGCCACAGAUGACGAAAUGGUUUCCAGGAAAACACGGAGCUGUAAGGAGGGACUGUGUCGGAACGGACCGACCGAGUUGUCUGACAGCGUGGACCAGGAGGAGCCAGAGGACAGCUUCCCUGGACCUUUCUCCCUCUCAGCUACUAGAAGCCCUGGAUUACUGGCCUCUUCCUCGUCCUCUUCCUCUUCCUCCAGCAUGGCAGGCUCAAACCCGUCCCGUCAGCAGUCCUCUCCUAUCCUGUCAGGAAGCUCCAAGGCUCAGCCAGGUGCAUGGAGCAGCAGGUCGUGGCAUGGUCGCGGUAAAGGCUGUUUCAAAGGCUUCCAGAACCUCAUGAUCUCGGACAGCACCAUGAGCUUCAUCGAGUUUGUUGAGCUCUUCAAGUCAUUCAGUAUCCGCAGUAGGAAGGACCUUAAGGAGCUCUUUGAUACCUUCGCUGUCCCCUGCAGUCGCUCAAGUCCAGAGUCGCCUCCUCUCUACACCAACCUCAGGAUCGACGACAAGGACACAGGACUACAGCCAGACCUCGAUUUGUUAACCCGUAACGGUUCUGAUCUGGGCCUGUUCAUCCGGACGAGGCAGCAGAUGUCCGACAACCAGAAGCAGAUCUCAGACGCCAUUGCGGCGGCCAGCAUCGUGACCAAUGGCACGGGUGUGGAGAAUGCAUCCCUAGGCGUUUUGGGUUUGGCCAUCCCUCAGCUCAAUGACUUCCUGGUCAACUGUCAGAGGGAACACCUGAGCUACGAUGAGAUCCUCAGUAUUAUACAGAAAUUUGAGCCCUCAUCAAGCAUGCGACAGAUGGGCUGGAUGUCAUUUGAAGGCUUUGCAAGGUACCUGAUGGACAAGGAGAACUUUGCGUCUCGUAACGAGGAGUCGCAGGUGAACCCGGAGGAGCUGCAGUACCCUCUGUCCUACUAUUACAUCGAGUCCUCUCACAACACCUACCUGACUGGACACCAGCUCAAAGGAGAGUCCUCUGUUGAACUGUACAGUCAGGUGUUGCUGCAAGGCUGUAGGAGUGUUGAGUUGGAUUGCUGGGAUGGAGACGACGGCAUGCCAGUUAUCUACCAUGGACACACCCUCACCACCAAGAUACCCUUCAAGGAUGUGGUUGAAGCAAUCAACCGGGCUGCAUUUGUCAAUUCUGACAUGCCCGUCAUGCUGUCCAUAGAGAACCACUGCUCUCUUCCUCAGCAACGCAAGAUGGCUGAGAUCUUCAAGACGGUGUUCGGGGAACGUCUGGUGACACGUUUCCUCUUUGAGAGUGACUUCAGCGAUGACCCCCUCCUGCCAUCGCCGUUACAGCUGCGGGGGAGGAUCCUCCUGAAGAACAAGAAGCUUAAAGCCCACCAGGCGCCUGUGGACAUUCUCAAACAGAAGGCUCAUCAGCUGGCCCACAUGCAGGCUCAGGCGAGCAACGGAUCACCAGGGGUAACUUCACCUGGUAACCAUGCAAAUGAGGAAGAGGAGGAGGAGGAAGACGAGUAUGAUUAUGACUAUGAGUCUCUGUCAGAUGCUGAUGUCCUCACAGCAUCUACUGCCUCUUAUGGCCUGGAAGAUAACAUCCUGGAUGACAAGCCCGAGGGGAAGAGCUCAGCAGACAAGGAAGAGCAACCUGCUGAUGAGAUGCCCAAGCGGAUGAAGAAGUCCGACAGUACUACCCAAAGCAAAGGAAAGGUGUUUGAUAUGGAGCUGGGCGAGGAGUUUUACCUCCCUCAGAACAAGAAGGAGAGUCGUCAGAUUGCCCAAGAGCUGUCUGACCUCAUCAUCUACUGCCAGGCCGUCAAAUUCCCUGGCCUGUCCACGCUGUCUCCGGCAGGCUCCAGCAGAGGGAAGGACCGGGGGAAGAGCAGGAAGUCCAUAUUUGGCACGGCUCCCGCUCGCAGCAGCACACCAGGGGAGGCUGCGACCCAGAGUCGCGCCCCUGGGAAAGGUGGUGCUGAGUGUCUGCGGCUGAGCUGGGACGAGCAGCAGACGUCUCCCGUCCUCAGUGCCCCCACCUCCCUCAGCGCCAUCAUCCGCACGCCCAAAUGCUACCACAUCUCCUCCGUCAACGAGAACGCUGCCAAGCGCCUGUGCCGCCGCUACUCACAGAAAUUGAUUCAGCACACGGUGUGCCAGCUGCUCAGGACGUACCCGGCCGCCACCAGGAUAGACUCAACAAACCCCAACCCGCUGCCUUUCUGGCUCCAUGGAAUCCAGCUGGUGGCCCUCAACUACCAGACUGACGACCUGCCCAUGCAGUUGAACACGGCGUUGUUUGAGGCCAACGGCGGCUGUGGCUACGUCCUGAAGCCGGCAGUGCUGUGGGACCGCGUCUGUCCGCUCUAUCAGCAGUUCUGUCCGAUGGAGAGGGACGUGGAGAACAUGAGCCCCGCUGUCUAUUCGCUCACGGUUGUGUCUGGUCAGAACGUGUGUCCGGGCAACAGCGCGGGCAGUCCCUGCAUCGAGGUCGACGUUCUGGGCAUGCCCAUCGACAGCUGCCACUUCCGCACAAAGCCCAUCCACCGCAACACCCUCAACCCCAUGUGGAGCGAGCACUUUCAGUUCACCGUGCACUUUGAGGACAUGUGCUUCCUGCGGAUCGCCGUGGUGGAGAACAACAGCUCGCAGACCACUGCCCAGAGAACCCUGCCUCUGAAGGCCCUCAAGCCAGGUUACAGGCAUGUCCAGUUGAGAACGCAGCACAACGAGCCGCUGGAGGUGUCCAGUUUAUUUAUCUACAGCCGCAGGACAGAGGAGGGCUCUACAGGGGGCACUAUUCCCGCAUCCAUGCUGUUCAGUUCAGAGGAGAAGCGAGCGUCCCAGCAGCACAAAGUGACGGUGCAUGGCGCUCCGGGACCAGAACCCUUCACUGUGGUCUGUGUUACAGAGCAGACCACCGCCAAACAGCUGCUGGAUACGAUCACAGCCACCAAUGGAAAUCCAUCAGAGUACUUCCUGUGCGAGGAGAAGCUUCCUCUGUCGAAGGAGCGCAGCGAGGUGAAGCGCUGCGCUCAGCAUCGCCCCCUAGCACCCGAGGAGGAGGUGGUCAGGCUGGUCGAGAGCUGGAACACUGAGGAGGGAUAUGUAGGAAGGAUCUGUCUCAAAACAAGAGAGGAGAACUUUAAUGAGAAGAACACGGUGGUGGAGCGGGAAGAGGAGGUGACCGUGGGAGGUAGAGAAGGAGGGGGAGGAGGUGGAGGAGGAGGAGGAGGAGGAGAGGACGACAUGUUCUUCGUCCAGGUCCAUGACGUGUCUCCAGAACAGCCUCACACUGUGAUCAAGGCCCCGCGCUACAGCACCGCUCAGGAUAUCAUACAGCAGACUCUGUCAAAGGCCAAAUAUUCCGUCACCAUCCUGUCUAAUCCCAACCCCUGUGACUACGUCCUAAUGGAGGAAGUGACCAAGGAGGCGGGCUCGAAGAAGUCCUCCACCGCCAAGCCCCUUCAGCGUGUCCUGUUGGAUCAUGAGUGUGUCUAUCAAGUCCAGAGCCGCUGGAGGGGGGCGGGAAAAUUCGUCCUUAAGCUCAAGGAGCAGGUGGUGCGGGAGGAUAAAAAGAAAGGCAUCUCAUUUGCCAGCGAGCUGAAGAAGCUGACCAGCCGCAGCCGCAGUGUGUCGAGUGGCGGCGGCGUAAGCCAAUCGGUGACACUGUGCCACGACGGGCCAGCCCACAGUAAGGAUGAGAGGGCUGCAUGCUGUGUGGCUCUGACAGAGAUCCAGGAGUGAGACUCUCACAUUGCCUGCUGUGUGUGCAUGGAAAGGCAACAGAGGGUAUCUGUCUGCAGGUCUGAAGGCGUGGGUGGCAGAGGGCAGAGUUGGGGCAGGACGGCUCCUCCUGGCCUCCUCCGGGAUGCAGCAACACCAACUCCACCGUUACCAUCCUCCAACUUCCUCUCUCACCCCCUUGACCUGUAAACUUCACCUCCUCAGGAACUGGAAGAUCCACAAAUGAAAUCCAGAGGGAGUGAUGCUCACGUUGACCACUUCUAAACUUGGAGGAUUCCUCCCUUUCAAAGAGAGGCGAGGUGUUUCAGAAAGGGUCCUGUGCAUUUUGGAAUUCUGUGAAACGCUCCUCUCUGACUCUAGACGGAGUCUCAUCCUGUCUCCUGUUGGUUGUGUAAGUGGCAGACAGGAUCAGCCCCAAGCCCCAUUGGCUGGCCAAGUGUGGGACAAGGUUCAGCCCAAGUCCCAUUUAUUGGUUAGGUGACAGACAUUCGGCUGCUUUGCUUGGCAGAAUGAUGGACAGGAGUUUGACUCAGUCAGUUUUUCUGAUUGGUAGAGUGACAGGACAUUUGUCACAGGACGUUCCACCUAGCCCCCCACCAGACCAGUGAUGGCUACGUGGGAAGGUACUGUAGCCCCAACUCCUCUUGGUUUAUUGGGUUUUUGGAACCGGGGGUAGCUGAUUUUAUUGAACUCCUGAGGGAUGUGAUCAGGGUUAAAACAGAAGAAAAUAUUUCCCUUUAUUAGUGAAUUGUGGUUGCAUAAUAAUUUCUCUGAGUCACAUUGGACGGGCAAAGAAACGUACAUUUGCUUCCACAUGUGCCAUUUUGGUUUUGCGAAUAGAAUCUCGUGUGUCAAACAUGUCAUCAUUGUCCAAGGACAAUUCACAAAUAGGGCUCAGUAGGAGAGAUGAGUUGGUAUAUACCCAGGUGUAGGCUACAGUACACUAUUAGAUGUAUAUAUCAUGUAUUUGAUUCAAAGCACAUGUCUAAGGACAUUUUAAACUACAGUGCUCCCUUUCCCUAGUAUGAUAAAAAGGAAACCCAUGACAGAUGGAGGGAUAUCCUCUCUCCUGCAAGGAAAAUGGAGGCAGUGGAAGGAGAGAUGUAGGACAACAGAGGGGCAGAGGGCAUUGUGAAGGAGGCUGACAAGCUGGCUUGUUGAAUUCUGUUGGUACCGUUCCAGUUUCACAGUGCUGUAAGGGCAGCUGUUUGGGUAUUUUAGGUGGACUACACUCCCAGAAUGAGGCGCCAUGGUCAGGCAAUCUGUUUCCUGCCAGAGAUUUCUUCACAGUUGAAGCAGCAUGCUGGAGCAGCUCCCUAGACACUACUGUCCAUCACUAUUGUCCAUCAGUUACCCAAAUGGCCGUCCUCUCUGCUCCAGAGGUAAUGAUACCUGGGCAGCAUUUUAAGGCAAUGUGCAAUAUUACUUUGAGCAGGGAUGGGGAUUGGCAACUGGGGAGCAUUAUCUUUUCUCAUACUUGUUGGGAAAAUUACCCCUCUGUGUUGCCCGAAAGUAUUGCUUACUUUAACACAGCCUUUAAAUUUCAAUAAUUGCGUAGCUGUAUCUCUGAGGGUGACUUGGGUCUGUUUUCACAAAAGUGCUGCUAUCAUCGUUCAGAAGUGACUAGAAGGGAGGUGAUCAGUUAAACAAAAUCUUUAAGGAGCAACUCAACACUAACUCACAUACUGUAGGGUGUCAAACAGCUGACACUACACUGCCCUCUAGGGGUUGGAGGUGGCAAGAAGUGCCACAUGCCUGUAAGUUUCAGCCACUAGAGGGCAGUGCUACAGAUGUUUUCUGCUGGUGUUGACUUACUCUUUAAAUAAAUAACAUGCACCUUGUUAACUGAAGGUUUCAGGCCUUAUUUCCUUGCCUGCCAUCCACCAUGUUAAAUAACUACAAUUUUAAUAUAACUACAUUUUUAAUAUCAAUUUUAGGGGAAUUUACAAAUGUAAAAACCUCCCCCACAAUGUGAUGAGGGCCUGCGGAAGAAAAACUGACCAAAUUACUAAAACGUCCAAUCCCUGAUAAUGAAACAAAGCUGAUUUAUACCCCAGAAUCCUUUUGAGAAAAACAGCCUUGUCGUCCUCAAACAGUUGUUUGCACAUUGUCUUUUCUUUUUUUUCUGUAUUGUUCAAUGUUUUUAUGUUACUGCCCAUUUUAUGAUGGAGACUUGAUUGUUUUGAUGAGAUGGUCAAAUGACAUUUUAUUUAUGAUCAUCAUUUUUAUCAAUUUUAAAUUUAACCCCAAUUCAAAAUCAUUUUUUAAAUAAAUUUAUUUUAAGAAUAUUUGUGUAAGUUCAACAAGACAUGCAGUCCAAGUUCACUCUUGGAUUCCACUUCUCAAAACCAUCUACAAGAAACAGGAUCUAAGUCUGGUAACUUCUACUGUUUUUACUGUUGGAUUUUAAAUGCAACAGCUUUAUAGUUCCACUUAUAUUGAUUGAUUGUCAUUGAUUAAAAUGGCAGAUUUUAGUCUUCUUUUUAUUUUAACUUGUGGCCUUAAUUUUACUGAAAUUUGAUUCUUUUCAGGGCCACCUUCCCCUUAUUUUAUUUGUAAAACAUACCAUAUUGUUUUAUUGUUUAUUGUUUUAUCUUGGUUACAUUCGGCUGCUCAAUCCUUUUUUUUUUCUUUAAAGAGUGACUCAACACCAGCAGAAACCUCUGCACUGCCCUCUAGGGGUUGAAACUUCCAGGCAUGUUGCAGGUAUUUUUCGCAGUGUUGUAUUACCCUUUAAAACAUACCUACAUACAUAUUUUGGGCAUUUUUAAUCAGUAGUGGUUAGACUUUCCACUUUCCAUCUUUGAUCCACAAGGAACCCGCUUAUCUCAUCAUACUGUAACGGUAAAAAAGUUUCCGCAGAAAGGCUGCCACAGAAACAAGCUGGGUUAAGAACAUAUUUUGCUGUAUAAAAGUAUAAAUUUGUCCAUUUUUAACCCACAUUCCAAAAUAACUAUUGGCAGAAUGUGUAAUUCAGUGCUGAGAGAAGCCUUGUGAAGCUGCGCUGACUUUGAACACUUCCCUUUAGGGCUGAGGGCACAAGGUGUGUGCUCUUUUAUUUCAACUACAUUAACUGAGAAUAAUUGUGGCCAGUGGGGUACACUUCAUAUGCUCAUGUAAGGUUUUGGCUUUUCUUCUUCAUUUAUCAGCUAAUGAAAUAAUUUAGAGUACCUAGUAAUGAAAUUUGAGUUUUAGUGCAAUAGCAAGGUACUAUCUUUUCAUCCCUUUUUGCUUUCAUUGUCCAGAUCUCUGUUAGGAUGUCACUGAAAUAUGUUCUACCCAUGUUAUUAUUUUUUUUAAUCAGUUGUUGAUCGAGGGCUUCUGCCAGGGAUGGACAACCAGGAUAGUCGUCCUGGGCCUUAACUAUGGCGGGGAGACAGGCAAAGUUUCACUACAAAAAGAUAAACUUCUAACUUUGCAGGGCUUAUGAUGCUAAGUUGCUCCUCAAAGCCUGGAAAUGUUGUGUUUGUGAAAAUCGAUGCCAUUCAGUCCCGGGUUUUCCAAAAGUAUCUAAACAAAGAUUGUCUUUUCCCCUCGGUAAGGCAGUGAACUCAAUAAUUACAUUGUAAGGCAUUGGUAAUUUGGCUGGUAGGUACUAUAGGUACACUGUGAUCCUUGUAUCCAAUACCAAUCAUCUGUUACAGUGGGUAAUAAUUAGCUGAAAGAUGGGGAGAUGCAGUUUUGCCAAGUGAAGAUGUGUGAAACUCUGCAGACUGGUAAAUAAACACAACUACAGCGCUGGGGCAUAUUAGCUAUGACGAUUGAAUGAAAUCCAUGCUGGCUUUACACAGGAAGGGAUAUUUUCAGUUACAGUGUAAAUCUGCCGUCGAUAGGUGAAAGCUUCAAACGGACACAUUUGUACAAUAUCACAUCUUCUAGUCUUUCUGACAGAGCUGUGUUCUUCAUUUCCCUCUUUCAAACCUCUAGACCUCAUUUCUGAAUGUAACAUUUCUUAUUUGUGUUGAACCUGAGAGACAUAUGUGUUUCGAUGUUAUUUAUUUCAAUGUGAAGCCCUGGUUGGCUGCUGUUAUCUGUUAUUGUAGUGUAUGUGUAGCUUCCUGUAAGUAGUCCAAUUGUUUAAAAUGUGUUUUUUUUGUGUGUGUUCGUGUGUGUGUACAUGUAAUUUAUUGGAGUUUGUGAGCGAGGAGAACCCUCCACCAUCCUAACUUUACUCAACUUAACAUUUGCUGAAGUAUGUAAAGAAAUAUUUUACUUAAUGUGUAAAAUGUCCAGUUUAGUGUACAGUGUGUAUUUCUGGCAUGCUGUUGUGCUGUACACCACAGCGUCCUCUAAUACAUUUUCUUUCUUUUUUUUGUGAGUCGUCGUACACAGAUGCUGACAAUUUGAAACCUUUUGUUAAAAUACUUUGUCGUCAAGUUAAGAUUUUGGUGUAUUCCUUUUAUCCAUUGAAUAUAAUAUCCAAGUGAACUGAAUGUGGACUGUUUCAUCUUUAGCGCUUGGUUAUUUCCAUAAGGUGAAUGUAUACCCUUUAGCAUCCACUGUCCACUUCCUGUUGAACAUUCAUCUAAUUACUUGAAUUUGUAAAUGGAUGAUUGGUGGAUUUGUCAUAUGUCAAGAUCACAAUAAAUACAAAUAGUU